UACUAUGUUUUUAAAACACAGAUUAUUUCUGAGUAAAUAAAUAAUGAUAUUGAUUUUAAUACGACCGAAGUGGUUUCUCCUUUUUACAGUGACGCUUCAAAUAAACUGGGUCAAAGGUAUUACAUGCAACAAGGAGCAAGGAGAAUGUCAUGAAGAUAUGAACCAUUGCUGCCAACAUGGAAGAGCAAGCAUACAAAGAUAUUGUUGUGCAAUUGAUGAAACAUCAUGGUACGUUAGGGUUGUAAAGAUCGGAGGUGUUACAGCAGCCGUUAUGCUGGUGAUCAUACUUGUUGCUGUUUUUCUAACGUGCUACAAAAAGUUACGGAGAGGUCAUUCGUCAGCGAGAAGAAGUAGUUCCGUAAAUGAUGGAAUAGAUCCUGACCUGCCACCGCACUAUAGCACCCUCUCGCGGAUAUCACGAAGAAAAGCCAGCGAACCGGAACCCCCGGAAUAUUUCAAACUCUACCCUCUGCCUGCAUAUACGCCACCAAGCCGGGAAGAAACUGGAGAAUGUUCAAAGCAACAAUCAACGUGAAUUAUCAUUUUUUCUACACAUUUGCCUUUUUCUAGCGAAAACCUUCGGAACGAUAGGUUACUUCGGAUGUCGAAGCAGUUAAACAUAUUGUGUCUGGGUUUACAAUGUCUCGCAACUACAGAACUGCCGUACCGAUUAAUUUAAAUAUUUAUUCCCCUUUUUUAAGCUGCGUUAGCGUGGGUUCUCCUUGAAAUUCAGCUUUGCUUUUGUAUAAAACUUGUUUAUACGCUCUCAUACAUGAUUUUCAUGAAAUCCUUCUUAUACUAUAUAUAUGUGUAUGAUGUUUAUGUAAAUGUUACCAUAUAUGCAAGAUACUGCUUUCAAUGCAUAUAUUUCUUCAAUGUACAUUGUAUUGUCCAAUCACAAGCGUAAACAUAAAAUAUUGCAAAAAA